ACUCUCUCUUGGAUUCCGCCCUCACUCUCAACAUAAACUCUACCUCAUCCAUCGUCUUCUCCGGGGAACUUCACUCUCAAUGGAUCGAGGAAGCUCACAAACCAUCGUCUGUCACCUGGCUCUCAUUUUCCUUCCGUUUAUCAUUCACUGUCUUCCACGAGCUAAUCUGAGUCCCAUCGCCAUCACAGACCACCAUAACCCCAAUGAAAUCCAACUUCAAACCUACAUUGUUCAUGUACAAGAGCCAACAAGCAUCUCCAAGCUCACAACGGAACGCUGUCAUGAAUGGCACAAAUCCUUCCUGCCCAACGCCACCCUCGACUCCGGCGAACCCCGCAUCAUCCACUCAUAUCAUCGCGCCAUUACAGGGUUCGCCGCCAAACUCACCCCCCAAGAACUGGUCCUGAUGCGAUCUAGGGAUGGCUUCAUCCUUGCCCACUCAGAGAAACCCACCUUUCUAUUUACGACCUACACCCCCGAUUUCUUAGCCCUGAAGCACUGGGGUAGCCUCUGGCCAGAGUCCUCCCAUGGCGAAGGAAUCAUCAUCGGCGUAAUCGACACGGGAAUUCACCCCACUCAUCCCUCAUUCGAUGGUAAAAGCAUGCCUGACCAUCCCAUUAAGUGGCGAGGCCGCUGCGAUCUUCCGCCGCCAGCCAACUGCAACAACAAGCUCAUUGCAGCGACGGCUUUCAAGGGCCAGCUGAAGCCAUCGCCAGUAGAUAAAGGCGGGCACGGCUCUGUUACAGCCAGCAUUUCAGCUGGAAACUUUGUGCACGGCGCUCAGGUUCUGGGCAAUGCCAAUGGCACCGCUUCUGGCACGGCACCAAGAGCUCACCUGGCCAUCUACAAGGCCUACUACAACAACUAUGGCGUCGAAGGCGACCUCCUGGCUGCCAUUGAGCAGGCUAUUAGUGAUGGUGUCGACAUCCUCUCCAUGUCCAUCGGCCAAGAACCCAAACCUUUAUAUGAAAGCAGCGUGGCAAAGGGUUCCUUUUCAGCUAUAAGAAACAACAUUUUCCCCUGUUGCGCCGUGGGAAACUUCGGACCUGUGCCGAGCAUUUUGUCCAACGAUGCGCCGUGGUGUCUGAGCGUCGGCGCAGCUACUGUCGACAGGAGAAUUAGAGUUACUGUUAGGCUCGGCAACGGGAUGGAAAUGGAUGGAGAAUCUUCAUACCAACCGGACACGUUCGAUUCCAAACUGAUGCUGCCUUUGGUGUUUCCAGGAGACAGGGGACCGCCUGAAGCACUCAACUGUCAAACUGGUUCUUUAAGAAGGUCAGUUGUUUCAGGGAAGAUUGUACUUUGCGUGACUGAUGAAUAUGAGAAUCUUGAGAGGAGUAAGGCUGUGAAAACUGCAGGUGGAGCAGCCAUGAUUCUUAUGAACAGGCUGCCUGAUGGCUAUACCACCAAUGCCGAUCCCCAUAGUCUUCCGGCCUCCCAUGUUAGUCAUGCCGAUGGGCAGAAGAUCCAGGCUUAUAUCCGCACAACCCCGAAUCCUACGGCAACGCUUAUCUUCAAAGGAACUCAAUUUGGGGCUCGCCCAACUCCAGCAGUUGCUUCAUUCUCUUCCAGGGGUCCGAGCCUCAACAAUGGUGGAAUACUAAAACCCGAUGUUGUGGCUCCCGGUGUAAACAUCCUUGCUGCAUGGCCAACUGAAGUAGGACCUAACAAGAAGGGCAAUUCGUCUUCAACCUUCAACUUUGCAAGCGGGACCUCUAUGGCCGCCCCUCAUGUCUCAGGAAUCGCUGCCAUGCUGAAAAAGCUUAAGCCUGAAUGGUCUCCUGCUGCAAUCAAAUCAGCAAUCAUGACAACUUCCUAUGCUCGAGACAGGCAUGGAAAUGCCAUCACGGAUCAAAAUGGUGGUGGCAAUGCAAGCUUCUUUGCAAUGGGGGCAGGCCAUGUUAACCCAUCAAAGGCCGCUGAUCCUGGGCUUGUUUAUGACCUGCAGUGGCAGGAUUACAUACCUUACCUUUGUGGUCUCGGAUACACUAAUGAUCAAGUAAUGGCUGUCAUUAAAGACACUGCUGAUUGUUCGAACAUCAAGAAGAUUAUUGCUGAGGAGCUGAAUUACCCAUCGAUUGCGUUGACUCUUAAAACAGGAGAGUCAAAAACGAUUAGUCGCACGGUGACGAAUGUUGGUGAAACAAGCUCGAAAUACAGGUUAGAGAUUGAAGAGCCUAAUGGAGUUCACGUAAAUGUGACACCCGAAAGCCUGCAAUUCUCAGGACUGAAACAGAUGGAGACCUUCUCGGUGAAAUUAAGUGUAAAGUCUGGGCCUUCGAGGAAAGGACAGGUCUCGGAAGGUUCUUUGACAUGGAUUUCGGAAUUUUACGUUGUCCGAAGCCCAAUCUCUAUAUCAUUCACCUGAUAUGCAUCACUCUGCUUCAGCUCUUGCGUUAUUGCGUGCAUUCGGCAAAUCACUUUUGACAUAAGAAUAAGCAGUAUCAAUAUGCAAAGGAAUAAAUAUAGAAGAAAACAUGCAUUGUGCAUGAGGAAUAGCAAGCUUAAUAAUGUCAGCAUGUUGACUGUAAUUUAGGAGUGGGGAUCAACGAGGGUAAUUUUGACUUGAGAUGAUAUAGGAUGAGCAGCACUUCUUACAAAAAAUGGGAUCAUAACAAUCCAAACCUAGAAGAAAUUGUUCAAAGAUCUGAGCCGAGUGUCAUACUCUAGGUCCAAAAAAAAUACAGAAAUAAUACCUAAUGUCGAAUGAUCUACUUAAGAGGUGAGGAUCCACCAAAUAAUUCGGUAAGAUGCUAGGAGAGAACUCGCGAAUGCAUUUAUAGUAUCAAUCCAAAUAACUAACUACUAUCUAUUAAAAUAUAAUUUGCAUGACAUUCGAUCAUAUAGCA